CUUCCAUAGGAGACCACGGGAGAAAUCUCUCUCUCUCUCAUACUGCGUCUCGGUCCAAUUUAUCUUUGGGCUUUGCACUUUGUUGAAAUGUUAUGAGCUAUCUCUCUUCAAAGAUUCGAUACCAAUUUGCUAGUUUGCCAAAAUAAACUCUCUCCAGUCUUUUCAGGGAGAGAGAGAGAGGAAGGGAGAGAUUGUUUCAGAUUUAUUUUCUUUCUGCUUUUGCUUCAUUGCUCCUUCUGUUCACUCUUAAAACCCAUUUACUAAACUUCCAUAUAAACGAUCGCCUCUUCACACACACACACACACAGAGAGAGAGAGAGAGAGAGGGAGAGACUCACGUUUUCUUCUAUUGAAGAAGGGAAAUGGGUCGUGCAGCUUUCUUGAUCUAGGUGCAUAGAAGAUCCUUGGUUGAAGAUGAGGAGGAAGGACUCGAGACGACACGGUAGAGCGAGGUUUUCGAAUUGGGUCCUGGGCCUCCUUGGGUUCUUUGUGAUCGCGGGAUUUAUCCUUUUCGUCUUUCACCACCGACAUCAGGAUGGAUCUGCGGCUCACCAGGUGGAAGAUAAGUACAAAGAGGCUUCUCAUAGAAGCUUAAAUCUUACAGAAGAGAUGUUAAGUGCUGUUUCUUUUUCACGGCAGUUGGCAGAUCAGAUUACGCUUUCAAAAGCCUAUAUAGUCAUCGCAAAAGAGCAGAAUAACCUAGCACUUGCUUGGGAGCUAAGUUUGCAGAUCCAAAAAGCCCAGCUUUUGCUCUCAAAAGCUGCCAAGGGCGAAUCGGCAGUUUCACAGGAGGAAGCUGAGCCUAUAAUUAAAGGUUUAGCAUCUUUAAUCUACAAAGCCAAAGACGCUCAUUAUGACAGUGCCACAACAAUUGUGUCCCUCAAAGGCCAUAUUGAUUCUCUUGAAGAAAGAGCCAGUGCUGCUAUUGCACAGAGCGUCACUUUUGGGCAGCUAGCUGCUGAAGAAUUACCAAAGAAUCUGUACUGUCUUGGCAUCAAACUGACUCUUGAAUGGGCCAGAAAUUCUUCAAUAGAAAAACAUGCUAAAGAGCAAAAAAGUUCUCCUCGGCUUGUGGAUAACAACCUUUACCACUUCUGCAUAUUUUCGGAUAAUGUUUUGGCUACUUCAGUGGUUGUGAAUUCUACUGUUUGCAAUGCUGACCAUCCAAAGCAGCUUGUGUUUCACAUAGUCACAGAUAGCAUCAAUUACAGAGCAAUGCAGGCAUGGUUCUUUACCAACGAAUACAAAGGGGCAACCAUUGAAGUCCAGAAUGUGGAGGACUUCACAUGGUUGAAUGCUUCCUUUUCUCCAGUCCUAAAACAUCUCAAAAAUGAAGAGGUACAGGCUUCCCAUAACGGUGCUGAAGAUUUCAUGACUGAGCUCAAUGUUCGUAGUCCCAAAUAUAUUUCCUUAUUAAACCACUUGAGGUUCUACAUCCCUGAGAUUCAUCCUUCUUUGGAGAAGGUGGUGUUCCUCGAUGAUGAUGUUGUUGUCCAAAAGGAUCUGACCCCACUCUUCUCAGUUAAUUUGCAUGGAAAUGUGAAUGGUGCUGUGGAGACGUGCCUUGAGUCAUUUCAUCGUUUUUAUAGGUACCUUAAUUUCUCUAAUCCGCUAAUUAGUUCAAAGUUUGAUCCGCAAGCCUGUGGAUGGGCAUUUGGUAUGAACAUAUUUGACCUUAUUGAAUGGAAGAAUGCGAAUGUGACUGGCCGAUACCAUUAUUGGCAAGAAAAGAACUCAGGCCACUUGCUUUGGAAACUGGGCACUCUACCGCCUGGCCUUCUUGCAUUCUAUGGUUUGACAGAGCCUCUGGACCGCAGGUGGCAUGUUUUAGGUUUGGGCUUUGACCCUAAUGUUGAUAAUCGGCUGAUUGAGAGUGCAUCUGUCAUUCACUAUAAUGGUAACAUGAAACCAUGGAUGAGAUUAGCAAUCAGCAGGUACAGACCUCUAUGGGAGAGAUAUGUGAACUUUGGACACCCAGUUUUGCGAGAAUGCCUUAUUCAUUGAUUCAUCCUCUGAUUCUGUGGGGCUGGAAUUAGGUCUCUCUUCAAGAACUGCAACGGCAGGCCAUGAAAAUAUUGAUUGUGAGAUUUUAUUGAGUGGGCAACCUGACCACGUGUUGGGUGAAGUAUUCUUGCUUGAGGGCAAAUUCUUUUGGCAAUAACUUGCUUCUGGUUAUAUGCACAAAUGUAUUAGCCAUUUUUUGUAACAGUAUAGAUAUUUGAGUAAUUUCUUUGAAAAACGGAAACUUAUAAGGGGUUGGUUAAGUA